AUGUUUGAAAAACAUAGCCAAGAGGCUAAACAGAAAGCAUUUAUCCAACACCAGCGCCAUACACGCAAAUGUGACGAAGGCUUUGAAAUGUGUGACGACGGUUUUAACAGUCUAGGAAGUCCCAACAUCUUUCAUGGGCUUAGAUACAGAGAAUGGAUGCAUGAAGUAUGGGAAUCGUACAAGUUUUAUGUCCAAAAAAUGAAAGAGGACUCUCGAGACGACCCAGAUGCUACACUUUGUUUAGAGAAAGAUGAUGUACUGAGUCAGGCGUACUACAAGUACGCGAGAGAGGACGGGCAUCACCCGGAAAGUUACCGGGUGUUGAAGGUUUUGUAUGAAAGACACAUUGAAGGCAAACACGUACCUUUUCAACGUUAUGUUAUCACCUCUGAAGAACGUGAAGAGAUUGAAAACGAUAAAUAGUUGCCUUCUUAUUCUAGAGCGUUUGCACAAGAUGAACGCAGAUCUAAAUGUAUUGCUCUGCUUAACAAUAUAAGGAACCCUAGGUCUUCCUGUUUGUUCUAAAUAAAAAUGUUACAUCGUUGCCAAUGUGAAAAUAGAGCUGUCUUGAGAUCCUUUGAAAGAUUUUUAGAGUUUUUGUGUGAAAUAAAGUUUUAUUCAUCUUUACACCGCGUUCGUCACUAAUUAUGUUUAACAAAUGUUUGACUCGAGCUCUAAAAUUUGCAUGUGAACUAGCUCGUGUGCCUUUUGUUUGACAAACAAUAAGUCAUACACAACACCUACUCUGAUUGGAUAGUGCCAGAUGUAUUGUUCAGUGUCUAUAACAAGACCUGAAGACCACAUGCGAGCUAUUUCAUGCGAAAUCUUGUUCGAGUUCGAGUCUCAGAACGUCAGUUCCGUUUACCCACAACAACAACAACAACAACAAAAACAAUAUGGCUGACAAGUUUACUGUUGGAACCCCAAACACCCUAGAAAAAGUGUGGAAUAUUGAUGUCGAAAGAGAAUAUCGGAGACUUAGCUACCUUUUUCAAAACCCGGAACGGAACAAUGGAAUUAUCAAAGAAAGCUUAAGACAAUUAAAAAUGUUCAUACACCAGCAGAGCGCAACAAUCACGUUUCAUUGCUUUUUCGGAGAGAAUUUACAGUCAAACCAGGUCAAGCGUUCCCGUCGCUAACGAACUAAUGAAUUCAUUCACGGAAGAAUGAUUUCGUUUGUUGAUUCAAUAAUCCAUUCAUAAAAUGAACAAUCCAAUAGUCAUAUUUAGCCUCGAUUCCAUAAUCGAAUGUUGAUUCGAUUACUGUUUUUUGAAAAAUUACACUUUCCACAAGUUGACCUCAGAAUUUUAUUUUUUCCUCUUUUUUUUCUGAGAGUCGAGUGCUGGCGAGUUCUGAAGUUCAAACCCAAACAAACUGUUACAUGUACGCCAGUUUGCUGCCAGUAAUCAGUGCAACAGACCUAGGCCUGACCUCUUAGAAAACACGACGGUCAAACUGAGGUCAGUGUAUGUGCGGUGAUUGGUGGAUUUCGAUCCUCGGCCUUUGUCAGUUUCUUUGCGUUUGCGGUCUGUCUAUUCUAGCUGUUAUUUUGAUUAAAGGCAAUGAAAAACGCAAUCGUAAACGGCAGGAAAAGGGAAGCAAAUACGAUUGAACACAACAGACAAGAAUAAAGAACGCGUAGAUUUUGUUCAUAAACCAAAUCAACAUUUGAUUAUUGAAUCGAGGUACAAUUUGACUGUUGGAUUAUACAUUUUAUGAAUGGAUUAUUGAAUCAACAAACGAAAUCAUUUUGCCAUUAAUGAAUUCAUUAGUUUGUUAGCGACGGGAACGCUUGACCUGGUUUGACUGUAAGCGAAUUUAAAAUCGCCUGGGAGGUGAUAAGUCUCCUCCUGGAACUUUUACAGAACGUGAUUUCGACACUUCUCACGGUCUCACGACAAGGCUCCUCAAUCUCACGGGUUUUGGGAAAAAUCAUUCUGAAAUGAUUUAAGUUGUUGAAUCAGAAUAAAAAUGGGAAAUUAACGAGGAAUGCUUGUGCCAUAAAGUGAAAAACUAAUAAAGAAGAACACUGUUCUUACUUUUUUGUACCCAGCUGUGAUUUUCGCUUGUGUUCAAUAAACUUAAUCGUUUUUCUUCGUGUCUGUCCGCCAUUUUGAAAGGGGAGUAGGCCUUGGGAACGAGGUCUAAUUCCCAGGCGUCUCCCAUGUUGAGUUUCCCAUUAGUCUUUGUAAGUUCAGCGCGGGAAAGCGAUCGCAAUCGUAUAAACAAUGGAAAAGGGGUUUGUUUAAUCUUGAUCGGGAAAAAAAUAGAAUCUCACUAUUUUUUAUAGAAUCUCCAGAUUUUUUUUCAUGGGUCUCCAGAUUUUCCUUUAUCAGGGGUUGGCAGGUCUGCAAAUAGCACACCUGAUCAAAAUGGUCCAAUUUCGACGUGGAAGUAAAUUCACUGUUUUACCCACGGACGGUAUAAACUCUGACCAAUGGAGACGCGAGGAUCCUGCAAACCGCGAGCCUAGUUAA